AUGGACGAAACUGAUCAAUUUACCAAUGACAUUAAUUCAUCUAUCAAUAUAUAUGGUCCCAAUGAUACAUUUAAAUGCAUUUUUUGCACUUAUGAAUCAGAAAAUGCCGCGAAAUGUCUUUAUCACCUCAAAGAACAGCAUAACUUUGUAUUUCAAAAAAUAAAAUAUAUACCACUCCUACCGUUAUACUUAGAUCAUUGGAGAAUUCAUGCUCCUCCUCUUAUAAAUAUAACAAUUGACGGAAAAAAUUAUAAUACUAUUGACAUAACUAACGAAGAAGAUAUCGAAAUACGAAAAAGUCUACAUCAAAUGCGUCUAGAAAACAUCAUGAUUGAGCAUGAACAAGAAAGAACCAUUCCAAACAAAGACAUUAAUUGUCUCUUUUGCCCUUCAACGUUCAAUGGUACAUGGCACGAAUAUUUGCAAUGGUUAUUUGAAGAGCAUCAAUUCAAUCCAGGUAGACCUUCAAAUCUCGUUUAUAUACCGCAUCUUAUACAAUAUCUUAAGAAUCAACUUGAUAAUAACAUCUGUAUUUUCUGUGGCGUUCAAUUACCUAAUCAAAGAACUCUUCGAUCCCAUCUACGCAAGAAAAAACAUAUGAAAAUUCCUUCUGAUCCAAUUUUCGACAAAUACUAUAUGAUUAACUAUUUAGAAAUGGAUGGAAAACCAGAUAUUACAGAUGAUGAUGACGAUCAGGAGAUGGAACCACUAGAAGAUGCCCUUAAAGAUGUAAAUGACACCGAAAUUAACGAAACUCAAUGUUUGAUAUGCGAUAGUGUAUUCCAAACACCUACGGAAUGUCUUGUUCACAUGCAUAACCAGCAUCAUUUCGAUAUUUCCUUAAUUAGAGAAGCAUAUAAAAAUGAUUUUUAUAAUUGCGUCAGAUUUAUAAACUACAUACGGUAUUUGUACAGCCAGAAGAUAUGUUUCGUAUGUAACGAACCUGUUGAAGGUGAUUACGCAGAACAUUAUAUGAAUCACAAAGAAAAAAUGCCAAAAACUCUUCCAAAAGUUGAUGGAGAGGACCAACUACUUAUCCCUGUUAUAGAAUGCGACCCAUUGUUGACAACGAUAGAGAAUAAUGAUGUUUUUGAUGAAUAA